AUGAGAAAUGCCGACGGCGAGAAGGUCGGUCCACCAGUGGAAGAAGACGGCAACUACCAUCUCUCCGGAGACGAGGACGACCACCACAGUGCAGAUGGCAGCGAACCCGACAUCGCAUUGGCGGGCAUUGACUUGAAACCUGACUCGGAGGGAUGGGACGAUGUGGAAGAUGACACCGAAGACAUCAGGGUCAAGUGUCUCUUCUGUGAGGCACAGUUUGGCGGCGCCCAGGCCAUGAAUGAGCAUUGUGCAAGUGUUCAUGAUUUUGAUCUGGCAAAGGUGCAGGCACAGCACGAUUUGGACUUUUACUCAUCCAUGAAGCUGGUCAACUACCUGCGAGCUGAAGUCAAAUCGGGAAACGCCAGGCCAGAGGUCAGCAAUGCAGAAGCGUGGGCGGACGACAAGUACUUGCAGCCGACUCUGGAAGAUGACGCCCUGCUUUUCAAUCUGGAUGACAUUGACGAGCGCCCUGUCCCUGAUGAAGAUGCUACAAAGGCGGGAGCUGGCCAGUCCAUCGAUGCUAUAAUCCACAAGUAG